AUGACAUGUGCAGGUGCGCAGUGUGUCGCCGCUGAGCGAAGUGGGGUGAAGUGGAUGUGCCGCAGGGCUGUUGUGGGCGGCGGAGUGCAAGUGAAGGGGGUGCGCAGCGUGGUGCCGCUGAGUGUGGAGAGUCUGUCGGCGCUGCUGGGGUACGCUGAGAACGCGACUCGCUCCGCCGAGAACAAGUCUCGCCUGGUGGCUGUUCUGGACGGGUGUCCAGCGGCGCAUAACGGCUCGCUUGACGUCUUCAUACAU